AUGGAGAGUGAUUUGGAGUCUGGCUCAGAUCUCCUACGGGAGUUGAAUUUCAACAGCGACGACGAGCCUCCUUCUCCACAGGCAGGCGAUGUUACAGUGGUCUCUCCCGACGGCUGCGUGACCAAGACAAUUGUUUCUCUCGGCAAGGAGCUUCUGCAUGCAGGCUUUGGAGACGAGAUCUGCGUUCGAUGGCAUCCCUUGCCGGCGCAUCCGGGAGUCCUGACACCUGAGAAGUCGACCGACCUCCUGCGGAUCCUCGAGGACGCGCAGCCUCAGUGGACGACCCUCGGACAAUCGGCUGCCUUCCCGCAACUCUUGAGUUUGGCGGCGCGGCGCAUGUGCCUGGGGGAAGUUGCGGUUGUCUCUGGGCCUGCGUCGCAUCUCCGAGAACCUCAAAAGUAUCUUUAUUCUCCCGCUGCACUCGCCGGGGUGUCUGCGUCCUCUUCGACCCCCGUCACUUCUUCUGUCUCUUCGACUGGCUCGUCAUCUGCUUCUUCGUUUCCUUCGUCCUACGCGGCGUUCCGCAAGCACGAACUGGUCAACAAGCGCCGAGCGCUUCGGGCACUGCGCGAAAAAGCCGACAAGGAGAACAAGGACUUCUCUGAGGAGACGCGCAGAUCCUUGUCGCUCUCUCUGGGAAGUAUCGACACUCUCCAGGGAGGGCGCGCGCUUCCGCCUGCGUCGCCGAGGCCUCCAGAGUCGGCUUCAUGCUCGUCGCGUUUCUCCAGGACGCAGGUUCGCUCACCGGCCGUCGGCGGUCGUCUCCCGCGCUCUGUGCAGACGGGGAAAGGCGCAGAAGAAGGGAGAGGGAGAGCGGAGUCGGACGCAGCGAGAGUCGACGCAGGCGGAGAUCUGGAGAAGAAGCGAGUUGAAAGGCGAGAGACACGAGGAGAGCAGAAAGGAGAAGAACACCGCGAAGAGAGAGAAGAAGAGAAUACCUGCAGCGUCGUUCUGCAACUCCUUUCGAUUUCGCCAAUCCGGAGGCUGACAGAAGACGGCGGCCUCCGCAUGCGGCUCUUGCGACCAGGAACAGGGUGGAGAACUCCAGGAAGAAACGACCUUGUUUCUUUUUCUCUCGUCGUCCUCUGCAAAGAUGCAGUCUGUCGAGAAACGCAACUCAACCAGAUUCUGCAUGCCUCGACGGACGACCAGUCAAGCGUCUCUCCGGCGCUUCAUCGGGACGGAGAGAGGCAGCGAGACACUGGGGAGAUCAAGGUGCCGAGGAGCGCCUCCUGCGAGGAAGUGGAAGACCUGGGGAACCAAGAAGGACGAGAGAAAAGGGAAGAGGCGAAGUGGAGGGUCGGAGAGGAAAAGCUGAAAGAUCGACAUGAGGGAGGAGACCAAAGCGACAUCCGAGUGAAGAGAACAAUCGGCAUUUCCUGCUGCAAGGAAGGCGCGCAGGCUUCUUCUCCUUCUUCUUCGUUCUCCUUCGUGAGAUGCAGAGAGGAGAUUGCUUUGAGUGAGGCGCCUCUUCGCGGCCUUCGGACGGCGCUGAGGCACUUGAAGCAUGGUGAGGAGGUCCUCCUGACUCUGGAGGGCGAGCACUCUCAGCUCGCAGCUCUGCAUACUCCUGCGCUGGCUUCGUGGACUUGUGCAUGCUGCGGCCAGACCCUCGAGGAGACGCUUCUCUCUGGGAACAGGAAGAACAAGAGAGAAGGAGAAAGCGAGAGAGAGGAAUGUCUGUGUUGCUGCAGACAGAUGCAGAGCUGUGCUUGCAUGUGUAGAGACAGCUCAUGGCCAAGUGAAGAAGACAAGGCAGCGCUGUAUCUCUAUGUGAAGAUGGACAACUGGCGUCCGAGAGCGACGAUCACUGUUCCCUCGCCUGUGAACGAUUCGAAGAGUCUCGGCACCGUCGCUUUCACCUUGCUGAUGGGCGCGGCGGACGAACGCCAGAGGACGCUUGUACGGGAAGAAGGAGACAGAGACGCCGCGAAGGCGAUGAACGGCAUCCCAGUGAACUGGAGACCUGAGGAAGGAUCGACUGUGAUCGUUCUUCUCUCGCUGGCGCUUCUUCGCUCUUCUCUCUCUGCACAGCCGCUCCCCCUCAAAUGUCCGUUGACGCGCCAUUUCUCGCCUGCUGAGAACAGACAGUUCAGCCUCCCCUCCCGCAGAGACGAAGAGCCUCGACAGCAGAGACGCACAGAGAGAGAAGGAGCAGAAACGGGAAAUGCAGGAAUCUGGCUGUUGUUCACCCUCGGAGACUGGAGCGCCCCCCCAUGGCUCGAGGAAGCAGUGAAGAGACUCAAGAUGGGAGACGUCGGGCGCUUCGAACUGUCUCCCUCUCUCUUCUCUCAAGCCGUCCAGACGCUGCCCUACCGCAGGCCUGCUUCGUCUUCUGGAGAGCAGAGCUGCAAGGCCUGCGACUGGGGAGGCAUGUGGAUCAUCCAUCCGCCUCUGCCUCCGCGUCGCGCGUCGUCCUGUCCUGUCUCCGCGUCUUGUCUCUGGGGUGCUGCGGCGCUGGGAGGGAGCCUCGCAUGCGCGUCGAGGUCGGUCGAAGACCUCGUUCGAGAGACUGUCGACGGAGGCAGCUUGGAGGCGGUGGUUCGCUGUGUGAGAGAGAAGGAGGCAACGUGGAGGAGGCCGCGCGAAGCGCCUCGUGACGCGGACGCGCGAGAACGAGCGCAGGCCAAGCAGGCCAGGCGAGGGGAGAAGGACGAGGGGAUCGCGGACGACGAAGAUGGACAGACCGGAGAGGAAGAUGGACAGACAGGAGAGGAAGAAGAAGGAAGUCGAAGGGAAUGCGUCGAGCGAGUAAUUCGAGUGGAGUGGGAAGGAGAAGAAGAAAUCAAGAAAAAGCUAGAAGAAGCGACAAGAGAAGAAGUCGGAGAGUACGCGAACAAAGAUGAAGACAGCGAAGACACACGAGUCCUCGCGACGAUCUGGCUGGCCUCCAUUCUCGACCGGAGAAAAGAGCUGUGGGCGCGAGGUUCUCCUGACGAGAAAUGUGCAUUGGUAGAACGCCUGAGACACGAAGGCAAUCUCCUCCUCAAGAGGGGACUGCUCUCUGCCGCAGCUCAUCGCUACUCUCGCGCCUUCGACGUUUGCCGUUUCCUCCCCGCGUACGAAGAGGCAACGCGAGUGCAGCCGCUUCUCGCCAGCUCUCAGGGACCUGCUGCAACAGCCUCGACUUCUGCUUCGUCUCUGUCCUCAUCAUCUUCUUCACCUUCUGCCUCUGCUUCUGGUGGGCGGCUGCCUCGGCCUUCUCCGGAUGACUUGCAGCCGCCGGCGAACCGGCAGGCGCAGAGUGCCGACGUUUUGAACGCGCAUGCAUCCGCCCUGGAAAAAGCCCGGAGAGGCCAGCCGGAGGAAGGAGAGAGAGAGAGGGAGGGAGAACAGGGUGGAGAAGAAGAAUUGAGUCUUGUGGAGGUAACGCGUCUAGCGACGGGGGUGCUGAACAACUGGGCGCUCUGCUGUCUCCGCCAAAGUCGGUGGAGAGAGGCCUUGCGACAUGCCUCAGUGUCUCUGCUGCUUCUCGACUUGGUCGGCAACUCACCGGAAUCCGAGGUGGACAAGAAGGAGAAACAGCGGCAGAGGGAGCCGAGUGCUACCCCUGGAGCUGUUUGCGAGGAGAAGGAGAAAGCGACGAAACACGGGGAGGAAGUGACGGCGAACACAGAGCAGGAGACAAAGCAGAAGAAGCAGGAGACACAGCAGAAGAAGCAGGAGACAGAGCAGAAACAACAGACAGAGGAGGAGAAGGGAGAGACGCGAGGAGACAGUUUCCAGCAUGCGCGAUGUGUGGCGCUCUAUCGAAAAGCGAAAGCGUUGAGUGAGGGAGGAGAAAUCGCCGAGGCCAUCAACGCGGCGAAGGCUGCCGCCGCAAUCGAGUCGGGAGACUCCGCGAUUCAGAAUCUCCUCAAAACGCUUCUCCGGCAUCGGGCGCGCGCGCUGAAAUCCGAGAGAGAGACAUUUCUCGGCAUGUUUCAGCGAGCACCUCUAUAG